AAUGCAACAAAGUGGAUAACAACUGUGAAGCGAGUUUACGUUUAUACCCUUGGCGUAGAAAGCGGCCAUACGCCCUUGCGUUGCGUAUAUACAACGCUUAUCCCUAAUCUCGCAUCCAUCUCUCCCUCUCUCUCUCUUCAAUUUCCUAAUUCGAUCUCCUCACCUCUUCGAUCCAUUCAGUUUGCACUUUUCUGAAGGAAUAGAGAACAUUGCUUGCUUGCUUGUUUGUUUGUUGCUACAAACCCUAGUACUCAAAUUUCAUGUCUGAGAUCGACCUUCAGAUUCCAAGCGCCUUUGAUCCAUUCGCUGAGGCAAAUGCAGAGGACUCAAGUGCAGGGUCCAAAGAAUACGUUCAUAUACGUAUACAACAACGAAAUGGUAGGAAAAGCCUGACAACUGUUCAAGGGUUGAAGAAAGAAUUCAGCUACAAUAAGAUACUUAAGGACCUCAAAAAAGAAUUUUGCUGCAAUGGUACUGUUGUUCAAGAUCCAGAACUUGGUCAAGUCAUCCAACUUCAAGGUGAUCAGAGGAAAAACGUGUCCACCUUUCUUGUUCAGGCUGGAAUCGUGAAGAAAGAGCGCAUCAAGAUUCAUGGUUUCUAAAUGCUGAUUGUCAAUUUGUCAUCUGAUAACGCUUUCAUUGGGACUUGUUUCGUCAAUUGUGUUUGCUUUAGUGCCUGUUUCUCCUUUUGAUAUUUAUGCUUGUUUUCCAACAUUACAAAGCUUGUAGAAUCUUUGAUGAUUGUAACCUCAUGGUGGUUAAUCAUAAUUUAUCAAUUCUGAUAUUCUCUU